AUGAUGCACAGUGCGUAUGUCUACGGGACCUUCGAACUGCAUCGAGAUGUUGGUUUGCGAGCGCUAAAGUCCUUUUUUGCUACCUCUGGUCUGAUGCCCAGUGACUACACCCAGGUCUUCCGGCAUAUGUCGGCGCCUGUCCGAACAUCGCUGCGCUCAAUCUUCUCAGAACAUGGAAAGGCCUACGGCUUCACCGAAGCUCGCAUUUUCUUGGACCAAUUUGUGCAGGAUUUGGGCAUUGUGCAGCUGGAGAACUUCCUGCAGCCACAAAUCUCUAGCUCAGAUGUUGCAGCCCGUCAGAAAUACCACCUAGUGACAUAG